AGUUCGUCAUUUCAGUAGUUAGAAAGAUGGCGUCAAUGAAAGAAGCGACGAGUGAUAAACACAGUUGUGCGUCAAAGAAUAAGUUUCUUGAGUGAAUGUGCCGAAAUCUUCUGACUUUCUAAAUUCGUGGCUCGCCACUUGGAUAUCCUGGCGAAGUGAGAUCUCCCGGGAGUCUGGCGUAGUCUAUCAUCUAAACCAAACCUCACUUCGCCCUGCAGCAGACCUACUGCCUCACGGCCUAGGGCCAAGUAUGGUCUUUUUCAUUUAUGACUUACUUUAUGACAUCGCUGAGGAUCUUUCUGGUGAUGAACAAAUGAUGUUGUGACUAUUGUGCAGUGGACCCUCUAAUCCCAAGUUAUGGCGACGCGUGCGAACCCCACCAAGUUAAUGGAACAACGGCUCCUAGAUGUCAGUGUCAAAUAUUCAGAUAAAAUACAAUGCCUAACAUCAACAUGGAACCUAUUAAAAGAACAAAAAGAAGAAGGGACAUUUCAAGACUCCUUCAACUUUUUGAUGAGGAACUCCAUAAACCUUGUGCUCAAGCCAGAAUGGAGAAGUAUCAAGCAAGCCAUGAAAACACACUUGAAAUGUCAGGUUUCGGAUUGUGAGAGGCUUAAGAAAAGAAGUGAACACAUAGCUUCACAAUGCCAAUCCCUUUGCAAUCUCUUAGAUGAACCGUGGGGGAACCCAACCUUAAGUAAUAUUAUUCAGGUGAAACCAUAUGAUGAGCAAGCAGCUUUAUCAUUUCUGGAGGCUGAUAGGUACAUCCUUGAAUCCCGCUUAAAUAUCCUCUGUGAAGAUAAAAAGUGUUAUGACAUUGCUCAAAGAUUAGCAGCAGUUGUCUGGAUGUUUUACAAGCGAGACAGGCGCCUUCUCUCAUUUCUUCCAGACAACGAGCUGCACUAUAUCCUAGAUCUAUGGAUUGUUCUCCUUGUGCGACAGAACAAACAUAAGGAUGUAACUGAUCAGAUGAAAGAAGUACCUCUCUCUCAGGGCUUACUUUUUAGUAAGAGACUCAAAACUUACAACCCAGUUCUCUCAGGGAAAAGCAAAAUUUGGAAGAAGAGUCGUAAUGCUGCACAGACAGUAGUAUUUGUAUUUUUUGCCAGAGCAAUAGCAGAACCUGUAGAAAAAAUAGAUGACACCAUCACUGAACUCAUCUCAGAAUGGGUGGAAAUGAACAGUAAUGAUGCCGAGUUUGAAAGCAUGAUAAGCAAGCUAGGUGCUCAAGCCAAAUCUGUUGAUCAAAUUGCUGCUCUUAGUACCUGCCUAGAAAAGAAAUUUCCUGGUCGAUAUCGGCUGAAAUGCGUGGAGUUAUUUAUUAAAAGUUUGACCUCUGAAGUAAAUCGAAUGGAACAGAUUCGAUCUUUAGAAAAUGAUGCAGAGCUGCGGGCAGCCGAAGAGCAUUUGUCAGCAGGUUUUCUACAGCUAGCUAAUUUAUUAUCAGAUAGUUUAAAUGAGUGCCGUGAAUGCAUUCUCACUGCAUUUUCUCUGAACCCAACUGAUGACUGUUUAAACAGAAUGAAAGAUAUUGCCAUGUGCACUGGGCACAUCAAAUCUCAAGUAUUAGAUACAGGCCAGCCUGCACCCACUGUUGAAUAUGGAAUGAAUGUGGAGAUCAAAAUUGAAGAUAGAAAUGAGUUACAAUUGCCACAAAACUUACAAGAUGAUCUUCAUGUGAUUCUGAAAUGCUCUCGUAAUAGGGUCUUGAGUUGGGAUCUGAAGUGGGAUGAUCUGAACUCUAGAUGUAAUGACUAUCUCAAGGAGGUGUCUAAAGGAGAGCGUUCUGUGGCAAAAGAGCUCAAGUUCCUGGAUUUAGAUUACAGCAAGUUUUCAAACAUGCCUUCUAAUGAAGAAGAUAGUCAUGAUGGAAUUGAAAAGGGUUAUGAGCUAGACAAUGAUCCAGGAACAGGUGAAGAGGACAUCGAAGACAUACCUUUUAGAAGUAAUCAGUCAUCUCCCUCUGAAACUGGUUCAGACACCCCUUAUAACAUAAAGAAGAGAUUUGAUUCCUCUGACCCAAGAAAAAAGAAAAGAACACCAAAGCGUAAUUAUCCUUCAUCAGAUGAUUGUAGGAGUAAGUUUAAUAUUAAUGAAUCACAUCUUGGUAAAAAAGUCAAAAGCCAAAGAAAACCUAAAGGUAAAACUCCGAAAAGUGAUGCCAAAAGAAAUGGAAAGUCAUCUGUUGUGCAGUUCCAUGUUUCUAGUGGAAAGGAUCCCCGUAAUAUUGGUGAGGAUUUCAAUCCAGCUAGCACCUAUCAAAAUUACAAUGUAAAUUCUGAGGAUCUGAAGAAACUUGGUCAAGUGGACAAGAAACAUCCGCCAAAUAAAGAAGCCCUUGCAAGUCUCAGGAAAUAUCGACCAAAAAAGAAGAAUCCUUCUAGUUUGGAUACCUCUUUGAUGCCCAAGAUCACUUUGCAAAAGGAUGCAAACAUUGAGAAGUAUCGAGAAAGAAAGGCUUCUGGCUUCAACGAGCCUUACUCCUUGUCAAUAGUACCUGGCCUGAACUCCCUGGACAUGAUGAUGCCCAGGCCUCAGUGCACUACCGUACAGGUCGUCCACGUUUCGGGAAACGUGGCUCCCCGAACCUCGAGCAGCAGCGUCUCCAAGCCCGAGGACGAGCAGGGGCCGGCCUCAUCGGAGCAGCAGGUGGCAGUGAAUGGCAACGGCAACGCCAGCGCCCUGUCCACCAGCAACCAGGCUGCGCCGCAGCUCAGCGGCAGCAGCAACGCGCCCAACAGCAACGCGCCCAAUCUAGUCAGCCACAAGCUCGAGACGUACUACCCUGGGCCAAGCCGCAUGGUGCAGCUGAUGACGGCCUCGGGGCAGGGCCCUGUGCAGCUCUCCAGCGUGGCGCCGGGGCUGGCGCCGCUCACCUCUUCGCGGGUCGUGGUGCGGCAGGCCCAGCCGCAGGCCCAGCCGCCGGCACUCACCCAGGUCCCUCAGCGGCGCGCCAGCUGGAACCAGGCCACCACGGCGUCCUCUGCGACGACGGCGCUGCCUCAGUUCUCGCAGGCGUUUGGCACGACCAGCGCACUCAAGCAAGCCUUGCUCGCGGACAAGACCCCCAAGCUCAACCAGUCGGCGGCGGGGUUUGGGUCCCAGGCCCAGCCGGCGGGGUUUGGGGCCCCAGUGCAUCCGCCGGGGUUUGGUCAGCCGCCAGUUCCGCCUCUCCAAGCGCGGCUGAACUCGAGUCAAUCGCCAUCGUCACUGCCGCAGCCAGAGAUGCAGCCCACGCCGCCGCAGGAGCAGCCAGCUACAGCCCUUCAACCAGCACCAGCUGGUGCUCUAGCGACCACUACUAUGACUACAGCUCAGGUCAUAGUCAAGUCGACCAGUGGAGCGGCUACUACAAUCAGUCAGGGAGCUACCGGAGUUACUCAAGCGACUCCCACGCUGACUCCCACGCCUACUGGAGUCCUCCUGACGGUCAGUACUACCAGUCAGCCCAGCCUGCACCAGCUCACGGCUAUCAGCAGCACAGCCAGCAGCAGUACUCCUACAACGCGCAGUGUUGUCACGGUGGCGAGCACCAAGGCUGGAGCGGGACAGGGUGCGGCUGUGCUGCUUGCUGGGCUGACCGCGCAGCAGAGGCAGCCUGUGCCAUCCCUGGUCCAUAGGACGCACAGCUACCCACCUGUCUCCGUCUCCAGAGGGGAGAUUCAGCGUGUGCAGAUCGUGCAGGCCGUGAGUCAGGCGAACCAGGCCGUGAAGGUGGCUGUGGUGCCGUCCUCCUCGGUGCCCGUGCCGGCCCUCGUGCAGACGGGUUCGGCCCAGCAAGUCCUCACGGCAGUGACGUCGCCGACUGGGCAACGGACCGUGACAUUGGCUAAGCGGGGAGCGCUGCCCGAGCCCACUCGCAUCCGCGUCAGCAACCCCAUCCUGGACAAGUACCUCCGCCAGACCGCCCAGGAGGCCGUCACCUCCACCAGCUCUACUGCCGCCCCGGCAGCGGCCGCGGCCGCGGGCACGUCCACGACACCCCCUCGCGCUGCUGCAGCGGCGGCGGCGGCGGCCGCAGCCGCCCUGGCCGAGGCCGCCAACGCGCCUACCAACGUCCAACGGCCGCUCUUUCCCUCGGCGCCGACGGGCCCGCCCUCGGAGAACGACAUCCUGAAGGCCCAGCUCCUGGAGUUCGAGUCGGUGCUGCACCAUGUGCACACAACGCGCCAGCUCAAAGAGCGGCAGUCGCUGACCGAGGAUGACAAGCCAGCGGCGGCCCCGGCGUCCACCCCGGUCGCCGGCCCCGCCCCCGCCUCGGCCCCAGCGCCGUCGCCUGCACCGACCGCAGCCACCGCCCCGGUGCCGGCCUCUGCCCCUGCCCUGGCGUCAGCUCAGACCUCUGCCCAGACGCCGACGCAGGCUUCAACUACUGCAACGGCGGCCACUACUACGACUGCCUCCGUCGCCGUGGUGAGCGCAGUGCGCUCGGAUGCUGCUGUUCAGGCCACCGUAGUGACUCCUUCUCUGGUGCCCUCCACCGUCCGCCAGAUGGCGACGGUGCAGCCCACCCCUCAGGCCACUAUGCAGCCCACCCCUCAGGCCACUGUGCAGCCCACUCCUCAGGCCACUGUACAGCCCACCCCUCAGGCUACUGUACAGCCCACCCCGCAAGCCAUUGUGCUGCCCACCCCUCAGUCCGCAGCGCAGACUCUGGUGGCCAUCGCCACGUCCCCAGUGAAGACGUCGGUCCCCAUGGCCACUGUGUCGGUGUCCACCAGCUUCACUCAGACUGUUCCGCUUACGCCUAAGAAGAAAUCCAAAGUCAGCAAGACUUUGACUGUGGUGUCCGCCUCCCCAGCUGUCAACCCUACCGUAUCCGUUGUUCCCGCCAUAGUGGUGCCGGCGUCAACUCCUAUCAUGACCGCCACCAUGACUCCCACGCCCACGCCGGUCACGACGACGACAGCCAGCCAAGCCGGCGCCACCCUGACUCUGCAGGUUGACAAUCGGACCAACUUGUUCAACCCCCGCAUGAUCCCCAUGGUGGUGCCUAAGCAGGUCACCCAGAAGACCACGGAGGAUGAGGAGACGACGGCAAGGAUAUUGUCCAUCCUGCGGCAGUAUGACGAGCAGCUGAGGUGUUCCCCGGAGAUCAACAACAAGCCCGCUCCACGGCGCCGCAACCAGGUCCAGGCCGGCCAGGGCCAAGGCUCGGGGUCCGGCUCCGGGUCUGGAUCGGGAUCUAGUCCAACCACGAAGAGGAAGAACAAAAACAAGACUAAAGGCAACAACGCGGAGAUGAGCCCUGGCACGGAUGACACUCACACCAUGGGAAGCGAGGACUCAAGCAUUGCGUCGCACUUCGCCGAUGGAGUCCUCGAGGCCACUCCUACUAGUCCACUUUCAACUUGUGAUGAUCGUUCCAUUACAAGCACCGCUACUACCCCAGGCCCAGGGGAGACUGGUCCCAUUGCGGUUACCUCAUUUGCUGGUGUAACCAAAGUUGCAUCCUUAACAGCAGACACGGGUGAAACAAUAGAUAUGCAGACGGAAUCAGGCAAUGUGAAGAUAUCAGGAAGCCCUUCGAAAAUUCAAUCCUUACCGAAGAUGCAGGUAUCCCCCAAAGCCCAAGGCACAGCCAAAGUCCUUCAACCAGCCGCCAAAGCUCAGACACCACCAAAGGCCCAAGUAGCAACAAAAGUUUCACCAGCUCCCAAAGUGCCAAGUCCUACCAAAGUACAAAUCUUGUCUAAAUUGCCAUCACCGCAGAAGCCUCCAACCAUGAUAAAUAAAGUACAAACUCUGCCAAAGGCAAGGUCACAUCAUAAAGUGCAAACCACAUCAAAGGUUCAGCAUCUUACUCCAGAAGUGACUAUCACUCCGAACAAUUCCUUGACCUCUGUGACUGUGUCUGUCCAGUCUAGCAAAGAUGUGCCUCCCAGCUCAUCGCAAAAUAGUCGAGUUAUCCAAUCUGUUGAAACUGUGAAACCUGCUCCGCCUCAAGAACUUGAUGCAUCUGCAAUUCAAGUUAUACCUAUACAAGGAAAUGGUCAAGUACUUCAUGUUGUAUCAACUUCAUCUCAAAUAAUAUCAACUUCUCAGCUGGUUUCGAGCUCUUCUCAAAUGGUCUCAAUUGCACCUCAGAUUGUUUCAACACCUCAACUAGUUUCCGCUUCUCAACUGAUAACUACAGUUUCUUCUGCGCCUCAACUGGUUUCAGUUGCACCUCAAAUGGUUUCAACUGCUUCUCAAGGGGUAUCUACCAUAGCCCAACUGACUUCAACAAGUCCUCAUCUAGAGCGUGCUUUGCAAUCAAAGCAGGCGUCUCAAACUCCUUUACUGGCCAGGGCUCUUAAAACUCCAUCUGGUCCUCUGCCAACAACUUUUACUGGUAUACUCAAUACCAGUACAAGAUUAAGUAUCUCUCAGCCACAAACAUCUCAACUCAGGGCCCUUCCAAAAGUGCCUGAGAGUAAUCAGCAAAUGCAGAACUUGGAAUUAACUGCAUCUACUCCUGUCAGUCAAAGUACACUGGCGCGUGGUGAGGGAAUGCCUACGCCUGUAACAGAUUCACAAUCUCUGCCUCUACCCCAGCAAACAACACCUGCCACAUCAGCUGUCUUGCAGGAGCAACCUAGUCAAAAUGAACAAUUGUGCAAAAUUGAAGAAUCUCCUGCAACUGACGGAUCGGCUCAGCCUGAAACUGGUCUCCAAAGUAUUCAAAUGGAUAUGGUUAUGGGUUCAAACCAAAAUUUGACUACCAAUCUACUAACCUUGCCCACUGAGCAACCUGAAAGUCAGCCAACAGCUGCAUUGCCAAUGGAAAAUCCGGAACUUAAACCUCAGCCGCAAAUUUUAGCUGCUCCCAUGGUUGAGCCUCCUCUUCAAACUCAGAUAGAUGGCAAAGGUACUGAAGAUGUGCACAAAGUUCAGCCCUUACCUCAAGUCAAGUCAACAUCUUCAACGGUGCAAUUGCAUCAAUCUUCUAAUGUCACUCAAGGUGUAGCCCAAAAUCAGAUGACUGCCCUAGCAUCGCAACCUAUUCUGCAAGAUCAAAGUUUACUUUGUCCACCGUCAAGUAUGCAGUCAACAGUUGCCUUACAACAAGCUCUUACAACUCAAAUACUGCAGUCUGAACCUCAAGCCGAUGUAGUUCAACCAUCUCUGCAAAUUGAUGAAGGAUCUGAAGCUGCUCAAUCAGUACCUCAGCUUCUUCAGUCAAUGUCAGGAGGACAAUUAACAAAUCUAAACUUAUCUGCUCAGAUUAUAGAGCAAGCAUCAUCAUCAAUCCAACUUCCUUCACAACUGGUGCAUGAUGUUCAACCAGAGCAAAUGGUUCAAACUGAAGGUAGUACAAAAAUGAUUCAGAUUUCAUCCCAGGUAUCCCCUCCAACCUCAAUGAUGCAAGCAGUGGCAGAAAUUUCACCUAUAUCUUCAGCAACACAAGUGAAAUCAGCGAUUGAUGGUGUUACACAGCUUGUGCAAUCUCGAUCACAAGUACAAGGCCCAACCCAGUUGGUAGAGUCAGCUCAUUUGACUCAAGUUAUACCUGCAAAUACUCAGGUAGUGCAAUCAGUCUCCCAGUCCUCACUGCCUCAGCUUGUACAGAGUUCAAAACCAUUGCAGUCAUCACCGCAGAGGUUGGGUAUACAACCUGUUCAACUAUCGUCUAAUGCCACCGCAUCGCAGUUGAGAAGGGUUUCUGGAGAUUUUUCCCCCCAUUUAGUACAAAUUUCUCAGCCAUCACUCGUUCAAACUCUGCAAACAACUCAACUGCAGUCACAUCAAUCAGGACCAUCAUCUCAGGCUGUAUCUAUGGUGUCAAGCGCAUUUUCUACUCAGAAGCAAGUUGAUGUUGAAGUAGGAAAAGUUACCUCUCCGCCUAAACAAAAUUUAGUUCCAUUAUAUAUGGUUCCAUCAUCAUCAUCUUCGCAGUUACCUGUGAUGAUCUCAUCUGCUACUGGAAUGGUCCCAACUGCCACUGGAAUGGUUGUUGUAAAUUCACCAUCUGGGCUUGUUGUGCGCCAAUUGUCUAAACAGGAUAACAAAUUAUCCGGGGAUUCAACUCACGACACAUAUGUGAUCAGUUGUGAGCCUAGUCAACCUCUGUUGGUAUCAACCAUUCAACAACUUUUUAGUGGAAGUGCUCCUGUUGUUUCAACAGCCCAUCUUAAUGCAGCAAUGACGAAUCAAACUUCACCUAUAAUGUCAACUCAAAGCUUCGUAAGUGAUUCAACUGACGCCACUGUAUUAUCAAUCAACUCAGCAACGGUAUCAAAUGAUAUUCCAGUCAAUAUCAACCCUCUGAUCUCUUCGGGAAGUCCUAGAACUCAGUUAUAUCCAUCCUUGACUUCAACAACUCAGACGACAGCUUCCAGUGUAGUGUUGGAUGUACCAAUACCUACUGUAUCUCAAGCUGCACCAAGAGCUGUCACCCCCUCCAGUACGAGUAAUAUUUCCCCACCAGUCAGCACAUUGACCACUGGUUCUCCACCAAGACCUCAAACUCUUUUAGCACUACAAAAUCAGAGUCGCCUUGUCCAACUACAACAGAUACAUAGUGAACAGAUGCGUAUGCAAGAAGAAAAAGCUGCCAAAGAUGAAAAGCAAAACAUUGAACAUCUUCGCCGAAGCCUUGCUCUUCAGCAACAGCAGCAGCUACAACAAGGUCAAGGAUCUCAACCCCAGCAACAACCUCCACAAUCAAAUGUUACACAGCUCUCUCUGCCCCAGCCUGCUCCUGAAGUGCAGCAGAUCAGUACAGCACAAUGUGACUCACAGCAGAUUUCUCAGACUGUGACGAUAUUGCAAAGUAGUGAAUUGAAAAAGUCACCUCAGAAACAAGUGACAAGACUUAGUCCUCAGAAAGCUAAAGAAGAAACGGUUGCUGUUGUUCCUGUUAUUAUUUCUCGGACGAAAAAUCGACCCAUCAUGGGCUCUGUUCCUCCACAGUUUAUGAAGACCAAACCUACUCAGUUAAUACAACUACUUGAACAACCACAGGCACCUCUUCCACCUCCACCUUUGUACCGUACUGUUGUACGCAGAUUGAGUGAUCCCAUUUCUGUUGCAUCUGGUGAUUCCUCCAAUAUUGUCGCUUCGCCUCCGAAGCAGCAAGAAGAGCAACUAAAGAACUCUGAUGAAAAGACCACUGAGACAGUGCCACCAGUUAUUGAAUUUUGUAAACCUUCUGUUGAAUCAUCAGGAGAUAGUGGAACUGUUCCUACUGCCUUACCAAGUGAGUCAUUAGUAACUCAUACAUCACCAAUGAAAGAUUCCUCGAGCUCAACAUCGACCAAGUGUGCACCACCUGAAGAUAUGGGCUCUUCGGAAGAAUUGCCAACUGUUCACAUACAGGCAGAGUCUCUUCCAUUGCCGAUAGCUCUGCCUCAGCCUGCUGAUUCUUCCACUGUGCUGCCGCCGACUAUUUCCCCUCAAAUUCAGCUUACCACUACUACAGAGCCACCAAUUGUAGAGAAAUUGAUACCAGAACCUCUAAAAGAACAGACUUCCACAACUGGUGAGGAGCUUUCGAAGAUUCCUGAAAGACAACUUGUUUCAAGUUGUCCUGAAGAACAAAUUGUGCCAUUCCCAGCUGAAAACCAAAUAUCGUUGGUGCUACCAGAAAAGCCAUCUACAGAAAAAACACCUGGUUCUUCUCCACCAGAAAAGCUUCUAAGUGCACCAUCAACAGAAAUGUUAACACCUGCCCUUGUACCUCUACGGUUGCUAUCAUCACCAGAGAAACUCUCAGCACAAUCAUUGGCAGUAUCUGUUUCUACCUCAACAUCCCUUUCUCCACCACAGCUGUCGACUUCCAAGGGUAAAAUUUAUGCUGUUGUACAAUCUAAAGCACCAGUAGUUGGUCUUUCUCAAAAACUGACACCAACAAAAUCCCCUCUAAAAUUGUCUCCAGGUGUUAAAGCCAUGGUAUUUUCCCCAACUGGAUCUGAACGGUACAUUGGAGAUGCUGUAGUCUUGGGGCAAUCAGAAAGCCCAAGUCCUGAAGCUUUUUGUGUUAGAGGAGGACUGUCAAAUUCUAACUCUAAAAACACUGAUGGUGAAUCUGAGCAAGCAGUGGUUGUGGCCACACUAGCAUCGGCAUCAGGACCAACUAACGAGACCGUUAAUUUUGUGCCCCGUCAGCAUUCAGCUCAACUACCACGACUGAAUCUACUGUCUAAAUUUUCUACUCAAACACUACAUCAGAAGGUUCAACAGCUACCAAUUUCAGAGGCUCCACCACUUGCGCCAGUGUCCUCAUCUAAAGUUUCUGAAACUCCAUCACUGAAAACAUCCCAACUUGGUGAUCUUAAUGUAAAUUCAAGAUCAAGAGUGCUGCAAUCAGGUUUGCCUGUCCAUUUGUACUCUGAUGUGAAGCCUGUGAACUCAUCUGAAGUACGGGUGUACCCUCCCUCCCAAGGAUGUGUUGACGCAGACAGAAUACCAAGUUCGCCAAAAGUUAAACCAACAGUACUUCAAUUAUCAACGCCUGUAACUGUAACUCCUCCACUAGUCCUGACUUCUGUGCAAGUAACUACAUCUAGUAGCAGUGCUUCACCUGCCAAAGGAAGAACAACUGUGCCAAUGACAUAUUCUGCAGUGAAGACAUCUCCAAAGAUACAAAAUCCAACCCAAACAUCUGUACAGUUAUUAACAGCUGUGCCACUUCAACUACAAAAACCUGUUUUGGCAAAGGCACAAACUGUUAUUCAUCAACAACAAAUAUUACAGAGUCCUGGUACCUCAACUUUAAAACUUCAAACAACGACACCUGUGUUUAUUCCAAGUCCGACCACUGCUAUAAGUACAUCUGAGGUCAAGAUUGAGGAUGGGCCAAAUGUCAGUCCAAAACCUAAGAGGCAGCGGAAUAGAAAAAGAAGUUUACGAAGCUCUCAAGAGAAGGAACCAUCACCACCCAGGACUAGUACUGUAGAGACGGAAUUGAGUGUCCCUAAUCCUAAACCACAACUGCCAUCUCCCUCGAAGAACACUGACUGUGGAGUUUCUCCUCCAAAGAGACCGAACAAGAAGAAGGAAAGCACUCCAACCAAGCAACUUAGCCCACUUGUGUCUCAGCACAUGAAUGAUGCUAUAAUGCGAGUAUCUCUUGGAGCUGAUGCUGAGGAAUUGCAAUCAACUUCUAAUGAGCAACUAACUUCAUUGGUGAUGAGAGAAACAGAGAACAGUACUGGUGGACAUUUUGAUGCCCCUCUAGUUGAUGAUGUUUAUUAUGAGGAUCAGGAGAAAAUUCCUGUUGAAGUGGCUGUGGCUGCUCUUUGUGGAGAGGAUAUUGAAAUAGCCAAAGAUUUGAUUGAUGGGAACUUACAUGGGGACAUGAAGAGAAGAGGGUCAAUUACCUUGUUACCUGCCGAUCCCUCUGAUAACACUGAAGAGCUGAACUAUACCUUUAGAAAUGUUAUUUCAAAGACACCUAAUGAUGAUUUGAAUACAGAAGCUCAGGAAUCUAGUAUUGGACCAGAUGGGGAUUCUGUGACAUCAAGUGAUCUCAAAAAAGAUUCAUCUAUCAUGUCAUCUCUUGCUGUGUUAGGAAAUGAAUCUUCAGAUGUUGCUGAUCUUGACUCGGUGAAGAAGGAAACAGAACAGGAGAUAGAGGUUAAAGAAGAUGAAGAAGUAGUUGUUUCCUGUAAAAUUGCUCAAAAACGUAAAGCAACUUCUCACACGGGUUCAUUUUCUGAGCAGUCAAGAUCUUUAUCUGGUAGUGAUGACUUAAGCAUGGACAAAACAAGUACAAGUGAUAUUUUUCCUGAACCUGACCUCCUGUUUGAAACAACGCUUUCCCCAUCAUUUCUCGGAGAAAUCGCUCAGCUCUCUCCAACUAACAGUCAAGAUGCUGUAUGUGCAAGCCCUGAUCCUCUAGACAAGAAAAAGAGGUGUUUUACAGUAAAAACUGCUCCAUUUCACAAGGCGCAAACUGCAACUCAUGAAAUAUUCUCUGAAGCAGUGCCAAAAGUGGAACAAGAUGAGUCUAAAGAUUCAAGUGUAAAUAAGACUUUGUCUUCCAUAGAUAGUCUAAAUCAGUUUAAUGGAGCAACUACAACUGACAACACCUUCCUGGAAACUCAAAAUUCCCAUUUGUCAGUAAAUGAAAGUCAGGCAUCCAUGUCAAAUUCUAAUCAAAUUUUAAGUGGUAUGGCUGGCUCAAGCUCAGAGCCAGCAUUUUUCUCAUUGAAGCCAAGUUCAAGAUUGAAUGAAGGCAGAGUUCCAUCUAUUGAUGAAGCUUCAUGGGAAGGUGAGCCUCUGUAUGCAAGUCAAUCAUCAGAUAAUGAAAAUGAUGAUUUCUGGAGGAAAACCCUCGCGUCAGGAGUAGAUCUUAAUCAAGAGGGAGAUACAAAUAGCUCUUCGACUCCCAGCGAAAGUCUUACUAAAACUGGCAAAUCAUCAGGGCGCAUAGUUACUCGGCGCUCCACAACUCCUCAAGCAAGUAAGGGAAACCUGAAGCGUAAAGACGAAAGUGCUGGCAGUCCUGCACAAAAGCAGUCUGGGGAAAAGAGAAAACGGAUGAGUUCUCUUGUGUCAUCUAACGAUGAAGAGGAAAGCUCUAAGUAUAGCUCAGUACUGAGAUCAAGAGGUCAUUCAACAUCCAAUACCAGCAAAAAGGAGGUUGCCAAAGGUAGUUUAAAGGAAGAUUCUCAAGUACAGCGCCGUGUAUCUCGUCGCACUCAUAAACCAGUUACCAAGUUUGAUGAGCCGCAGAAGAAGGCAAAGCCUUCCCCUAAACAGUCAACUAAGGCAGUUGCUCAUAAAAAAAAAUAGUGUCUUGUUGAGGGGUUUUACCUUUUAUUGUUGCUAGAGAUCUAUAUGUAAUAAUACUGUAAGUAAAAUUGUACUGAAUAUUAUAUAAAGUUUUAACUUUAAUUGUUAUUGUAUGUUUGCAUGUCAUUGUUUGAGCGCCUCUCUUUGAAAAGUACUUAAAAUAGUAAAUUUUCUUGAGCACUGAAGUACUGUCUUGCAGUCAAAAUACGCAUUUCCUUCAUUGUUAGGUGUAAAUGUGAUGUCUUAGCCAAGUGUAGAUUUGUGUUAAGUAAAUACGUUCUAGGUAAUGAGCUGUACAGAAUUUUCAUUUCGCUGCCAAAUAUAGUUCAUUUUAAUCAGGUUCACUAAUUUUAAGAAGCAUUCAUUGUUAUUAUAAUGAGGAUUAAAGGUUGUGCUAAAAAUUCAUUUUGUUACUUAUUCUUUGGAAUUUAUGUAUUGUUAAUUAAGAAGGGGAGUAGGCUCACCCACUGCUGUCUUUUGAAUAGAUUCUUAAGUGAUGGACUGGAAGUUUUCUCAUCUGUGUAUGGGAAACAUUUCCCUGGGAAGGUGUAUUGUAAUGCUCAGGUGCAUUGAUUAUGACAGUAUUAUCUUUGAAACUUCGCUUAGAGAGUAAUGCUUUUAUCACCAGUAUGUGAUAUUGCAAGUAUUCCACUGCAAUUCUUGUGUAGUGAUUAGUAGUUUGGCAAUUUUCAUUAAAACUACUCAAUACAAAAUUAGUGUGUUUCAGUAUCACAUAUCAUCUGUAAAUUUGUAUGUCCUAGUACUAAUAGAAAAGAUGUCAAUCUUUCAAAAUGUUGUAGAUCUGAAUUCUCCCUUGUAAAGUAUUAAUGGAACUAGAGUAAAUUAUUAUGUACACAUGCAGUUCCGCCUGUUCCUUGUUUUUCAUCUAUUGUGGGGAAAAACAUGUUUCUGCUCUUUUUGACAUGCUUUCAAAUUCAUCGUCUGUAAGGUGUAAAUUAGAGCUCUAUGUGGAAGUUAGGUCUCAAUUUUAAUGCUGACAUCAACAUAUACUGUAAUAAUGAUUUCUAGAAUGAGUUGUACAUUUCCCUCCUAAGUCAGUUUUUAUGUUAUGCUCAUUUUAGGUUUUUGUUUAACUAUCUUUUUCAGAAAUUAUAAGGAGGUAAUUUUACUUCAUAAUGUAGCUCAGUAUUGUUUAGACGUGGAAGUAAAUUUUCAUAUUUAGGUUUAGUUAGUUGGACUUUGGUAAGUGUUGAAGUGAGUGGCCCUGAGCAUUGCUGCUUUCCUUGAUCUCUCCCCAUCACCGUACGAUCGAACUGUUUCUUUUGUAUUCUAUGAAAACAAUGGUGCUAUAUCUAUUGAAUGAAGGUACAAAUAUUAUGGUUUGUAGAAGUCCCACUCAUUUUUAAACAGGUUUUCAUGAGUGAGGGCGUGUGCAGUGGUACUUUGGUACAAUAUGCUUGUUUCACCUUAUCUGCCUCAUUCAAAUAUGCAUAACCUAAAGGAAAUUUUUAUUAUUUUUAAUUUGUAUUUCUACUUUUUUUAUUAUUAGUUGCAGCUUCUCAGAAAACCCUGUAUUGUUUGAAAUUGACUGGUAUAUGAACAAAUCAUUAUGCUAUUUGACAGGCAGAAUGCAAGCCUUUUAGUUGUUUGGAUUUUCCCUUCUCUUGCCCAUUCCCAUUCUUGGAUAUUUUAAACAAUAGUGUUCUGUAUUAAGAAUUAAGAACCAGUCAUUAUCCCACAUGUGUUCAGUACAAAUGUACUACAUCAAAGUGUUGUUUUGGGUUGUUUUUCUUCUGGUUUUUAAAUUGUAGUGGUCUUUAUGAAACACUUUUAAAGUCCCCCUGUAGCUGUCAGCUUAUCUAUUGAAGUGCCAUAUGUACCCUCAAAUGAUUUCUUCUAUGUAUCUAUCGUAAUCUAUCAUUGUUCCUCAUUCAAUGCAGCUCUUGACAUUUUAAACAAAUCUGUCGUUGAAACUGAUAGGAAUGGUGCGUGUGCGCAGUAAAGGGGAAUCCCUUCUUCUUUAUGGAAAUUUCCAUACCACAUUGAUAUGUGCUUACAGUAAAAUAUCCAAAGCAUUAAUUAACAAACCUUGUUUCCAGAAGCUUUGUGAUAUCACAUAACAACUAUAAAUAUGAUUAAAUAUGAUGGAGAAUGUUUAGUUCAAAUACGGUAGGAUACAGUAUCUGGUCAUCAAAAUCUUGUUUAUGGCAAUUUUUGAGUUAGCUUUCUGUUGCCUUUGUUCAUACUGUACACAUCACUGUAUUUUUGUACAUAGCUAAUUUAAGACUUUAAAUGUAUAUUGUAAAUUAAAAUGGACAAAAAAUGCUGUGAAAAAUAUUUUAAAUCUGUUUAUGACCUAAGUAAAUAUAAUAUAGCAUCUUUAUAUGACAUAAAUUGAAAUUUCAUGAUGGUAUUAAAAUUGUGUCUGGUGUGUUAGUUAUCAUGUGCUUUUAGCAUGAUUGAAGGCCAUCUUCAUUUUGCUUGAAAUAAAUCAAUUCAUUUAUAUAGAACAUUA